GCUGCGCACACGCGGAUCGGCAGUGACGCGCGAAUCACGCCGCCGCGUUCGAAUUUCGAACUAAUUCACAACGAAUUAAAUUUAAAUUAUUUUUUACUUAUUUUUGGAGCUGUGAUAGUGCUGGCUGAAAAAAUGAAGACGAAGAUUUUUGUAAUAUUCGCGAUAAUCCUCUUCGCUCACGCAGCUGAUGUGAAAGAAAAGGAAGAUACGAAAGAGCCUGAACAAAACAAGGACAAACGGCAAACGCAAGAAGAGGCUCUACCGGCUCACCUCGUUUACAGGACGGCUAGAAAACAGGAACAAGUGGCACCUGUAGAAGAGCCCCAAGAUGACGACAGAGGACUCAGCCGCUCUGCCACCGAGGAGUACCGGCCAGGCCAGGUGUUCUCCCUCAACGCCCAAGAGCUGCUGGAGCUACAGCCGGAGAGAAAAGCACCACUAACCAGCGGACAGCAGCUGCAGCAGCUGUACAGUGAGCCGCAGCCGCAGCACAAGGAGAAUCUGCAGCAGUUCUAUUACGUGGAGCCGCAGACUACGCGACAGGUGUCUCUUCACCCAUCCCAUGCCGUGAUUGCCCGUCCCCACUACUCUGCCAACGGCGGGGAAGCGUCAGUCGGCGCCGCCUUGUCAGUUAGUGACUCCAGUUCCAAUCCCAGCUCUUUCGACCGAGAGCUCCUGGCGCUACUAGGGCAGCCUGUAGGACAAGACCAGCCGCCCUAUUCACAACCACAGGUCUCCACGCAGAGCGUUGCACCUCAAUAUCAACAGGUGGACAGGUACAUCACUAAGCCAAGCAAAAAGCCGACUAAACUCCGUUCUAAGGUCCAAAUCACUCCACCGCAGGCUUCAACCGCCCCGCAACAGUACCUAAUAGAGACGACCAAUGUGCAGCAACAACAGCCCCAGCAACAACAACUGCAGUACAGACCCGCUCCCCAGCCUCAAGCUCAACGAACUGUACAAGCUCUUCGCUACACUCCGAUUCAGCCAACACCGGCUGCCGCUCAACAAGUUUAUUACCAAAACCCAGAACCCCAAGGUCUUAAGAUUGUGCCAGCGCCCAAAUUGCAACAGCCACGCGCUCAAAUCAAUUACCGAUUUGUUCCUCAAUACCAACAGGCUGAAGCUACUCCUAAACAAUACAGAAUCGUCGAAGCUCCGAGACUUCAGGCUGCCAGACAAGAGCCUCAAAGAAUCUCUGCCUCCAGCAUUGAAAGGCCUGUCACUUAUCUGAAAAGGUUCCCUGAACCUGAGAAAUUGCGCGCCGUAAAAUACUACGAACAGCCUGCAUCAGAAGAAGUGCGUGCCUCUCCUCAACCGGCUCAAGUUAUUGGCGAACAAUAUUACCUUCGACCUCUGUAUAGAGGAACAGAGCAGCGACCGCGUUAUGACUUGCAAUCUUUAGGUUUAGAACAAGUCCGAGUCGAGUCCACGAAACCACCCCAUUCUGCCAUAUAUGUAAGUAAAAACUUGGCACCGAAGAAACCUCUCAGGCAACAACAGGCCCUAAGAGUAGACCAGCCCAUCAAACUUGAGUCGCAACAGUACAGACAAGAAGUGCAGCAGUACAGACCAGAGCAACCCAGCAGGGCUGAACAAGUGAAUAUUGAGCAGCACGGACAGACUCUUGAAGACCAGCGGGCUCAUUUGCCUCCCCCCAGAAAUAACAGGGCAUAUACCCCCGAGGAGUUUCAAGCCUUAGUAGCUGCAGGUUACGCCGUUACCCCAAUUCCUGUAGGCUCUUUAGGCCAGCAGGCACAAUCGCGAUCUUCCGUGGAGCCAGCGCCGGCACCAGCAACAACUGGCCGCCGACCACUGUACAGCAGACGACACCAGUACCUACCUUUACGAUCAGACGAAGCACCUUAAAAUGGAACAAAUUGUACAUACUAUAGAUUUAAUUUUGCAACUAAAGAUAGUGAUAAAUC